AUGGCGGCUAAGACGGCCGAACUGGAGCGGCUCGCGAAGGAGACUGAGGAACGACUGGUCAAGGAAGCUGCCGAAGCAGAGGCGGCCAAGAAGGCGGAAGAGGAGCGCUUAGCUGAGGAAGCCGCGCGAGUGGCCAUGGCGGCUAAGAAGGCCAAAGAGGAGCGGCUCGCGAAGGAGAUUGAGGAACGACUGGUCAAGGAAGCUGCCGAAGCAGAGGCGGCCAAGAAGGCGGAAGAGGAGCGCUUAGCUGAGGAAGCCAUAAAGGCAGAUGAGGCGCGAGUGGCCAUGGCGGCUAAGACGGCCGAACUGGAGCGGCUCGCGAAGGAGACUGAGGAACGACUGGUCAAGGAAGCUGCCGAAGCAGAGGCGGCCAAGAAGGCGGAAGAGGAGCGCUUAGCUGAGGAAGCCAGGAAGGCAGAUGAGGCGCGAGUGGCCAUGGCGGCUAAGAAGGCCGAAGAGGAGCGGCUCGCGAAGGAGAUUGAGGAACGACUGGUCAAGGAAGCUGCCGAAGCAGAGGCGGCCGAGAAGGCCGAAGAGGAGCAAUUAGCUGAGGAAGCCAGGAAGGCAGAUGAGGCGCGAGUGGCCAUGGCGGCUAAGAAGGCCGAAGAGGAGCGGCUCGCGAAGGAGAUUGAGGAACGACUGGUCAAGGAAGCUGCCGAAGCAGAGGCGGCCAAGAAGGCGGAAGAGGAGCAAUUAGCUGAGGAAGCGAGGAAGGCAGAUGAGGCGCGAGUGGCCAUGGCGGCUAAGAAGGCCGAAGAGGAGCGGCUCGCGAAGGAGAUUGAGGAACGACUGGUCAAGGAAGCUGCCGAAGCAGAGGCGGCCAAGAAGGCGGAAGAGGAGCGCUUAUCUGAGGAAGCCAGGAAGGCAGAUGAGGCGCGGGUGGCCAUGGCGGCUAAGACGGCCGAAGAGGAGCGGCUCGCGAAGGAGAUUGAGGAACGACUGGUCAAGGAAGCUGCCGAAGCAGAGGCGGCCAAGAAGGCGGAAGAGGAGCAAUUAGCUGAGGAAGCGAGGAAGGCAGAUGAGGCGCGAGUGGCCAUGGCGGCUAAGAAGGCCGAAGAGGAGCGGCUCGCGAAGGAGAUUGAGGAACGACUGGUCAAGGAAGCUGCCGAAGCAGAGGCGGCCAAGAAGGCGGAAGAGGAGCGCUUAUCUGAGGAAGCCAGGAAGGCAGAUGAGGCGCGGGUGGCCAUGGCGGCUAAGACGGCCGAAGAGGAGCGGCUCGCGAAGGAGAUUGAGGAACGACUGGUCAAGGAAGCUGCCGAAGCAGAGGCGGCCAAGAAGGCGGAAGAGGAGCAAUUAGCUGAGGAAGCGAGGAAGGCAGAUGAGGCGCGAGUGGCCAUGGCGGCUAAGAAGGCCGAAGAGGAGCGGCUCGCGAAGGAGAUUGAGGAACGACUGGUCAAGGAAGCUGCCGAAGCAGAGGCGGCCAAGAAGGCGGAAGAGGAGCGCUUAUCUGAGGAAGCCAGGAAGGCAGAUGAGGCGUGGGUGGCCAUGGCGGCUAAGACGGCCGAAGAGGAGCGGCUCGCGAAGGAGAUUGAGGAACGACUGGUCAAGGAAGCUGCCGAAGCAGAGGCGGCCAAGAAGGCGGAAGAGGAGCGCUUGUCUGAAAAAAAACUUUCUGAGGAAGCCAGGAAGGCAGUUUCGGCGCGAGUGGUCAAGAAGCGUGCGAGGAAGGAGAUAAAGUCGCAACUCAAGAUACUUCGACACCGUGGAGUUUGGUGCAGCCAUUCCAUGUGCAAGGAGUUCGUCAGACAUCAGUGA